CUAAACCACAGUGUGAGUUGUGUCUCACAAACUCUUCCUGCUGGUUGUUGACUUCUUUCCUCUCCAGCAGUGUGUUUGUGUCCUUCUCUGUGUCAUUGUUGUUGGGGUGGAAUUUUCUGGAGAAAGUGGAUUGAUGAUGAUGAUGCAACUGAGCUGCCACCAGGGGUCGCCAGUGACGCUGUGCCUGACACACUUGGACUCGGUGGUGGGUGGAGCAGUUUUUAUAACGUGCCACAGCACGUAAUCACGCUGAGAUUCGCGUCACACGCAUUGUUUUGAAACUUUACGGCUUGUCAAUAAAGUUGACCUGAAAUGAAAAAAAAAAGGACCGCUCUGACAGCUUCAGUGGUGACGUCUGCAACCACUCGGUGCACAUGCGCAGAACUGACCCAUGUCAUUGGUGACGCUGGACUGAACCAUUUGGUGAAGACCGGCGGGGGGAGUUGACUCUGCACGUUAGCUUUUUGCUAAAAGCAAGAAAAGACAUAUACAUGAUAUUACGAUCACAAUGAAUAAUCAUUGAUGUCAUGUGAUAUGAAAUUUAGAUUCCUAUCCCCACUUUUGCCAGAUAUCGCCGCCCCUAUGGGUGGAAGUAGCGCAACCAUAGACAUGUGUUAUAGCUCGACGGCCGGAAGGCGAACAACACGACUUCCGGCAGAGUCGAUCCCAAACCUGGCAGCGCGGUUCAAGUGUUUGUGCGGAUCCGACCAACGGCCAACUUCGCCAGAGAUCUCAUCGAGUGUCUUCCAGAUGGACGGACCCUCAACAUCUACCAGAAGAAAGACCCCCGGAGACUCCAUGACCUCAAGCACAACCUUCAAAGCUCCUGGUCGUUCCCGCUGGAGGGCAUCCUUCACAACAUGUCGCAGGCGGACGUGUACGGCCAAGUGUGCCGGCGGGUGGUGGCGGGAGCCCUGAGCGGCUACAACGGUACCGUGGUGUGUUUCGGGCAGACGGGAGCUGGAAAGACCUUCACCAUGACGGGGCCCUUGGACUACGAGCAGAGGGGGCUGAUCCCCCGAGCUCUUGAGGAGGUGUUCCAGGAAGUGGGCCGGAGGAUUGAACACGCCUUCUCCGUGCACCUGUCCUACCUGGAGAUCUACAACGAGACCCUGGUGGACCUGCUGGCGCCUCCGCAGGCCGCGCCGGUGGACAUGGUGAUGACUGAAGAUCCUGGCGGAGGCGUGCACGUCAAGGGUCUGUCUCUGCAUCUGGUGCACAACGCCAAUGAGGCCAUGCAGCUGAUGUUCAUGGGCGGGAAGAACCGAAGCAUCGGCUCCAACACUUUGAACCGGCACUCGUCCAGGUCCCACUGCAUCUUCACCGUCCACCUGGAGUGUCGCUCCAGGACUCUCUCCAACGCCGAGUUCGUCACCUCCAAGCUGAAUCUGGUGGACCUGGCUGGGUCUGAGAGGCUGAGAAAGACCGGGUCCGAAGGGCAGAUGCUGAAGGAGGCCGUGUACAUCAACAAGUCCCUGACCUUCCUGGAGCAGGCCAUCCUGGCUCUGGCCGAGCGGCACCGCGAGCACGUCCCCUUCAGGCAGUCCAAACUCACGCACGCCCUGAAGGACUCGCUGGGAGGAAACUGCAACACGGUGCUCGUGGCCAACAUCUACGGCGAGGCGGCUCAGAUCAAGGAGACGCUCUCCACUCUUCGCUUUGCCAGCCGGAUGAAGUGCGUGCGCACCGACCCGGCGGUCAACCUGCACGUGGACCCGGUGAUUCGGAUUAAAGAGCUGGAGGCGGAGAUCGGAAGGCUGAGGGAUGAGCUGGCUUUCUACAACACUCUGGCCAACCGGCCCUCCAUGGUCUCGGAGCCCCUGUCUGAGGCCCAGCUGGCGGAGGUGCGGAGCCAGGUGCAGAGGUUCCUGGAUGGAAGCACCAAGGAAGUCCAGAUCCUCAGCAUCCGCCAGGUUCAGGAAAUCUUCUCGCAGCUGAAAAUGGCCUUCCAGGAUCAGCAGCAGCAGGUUCAGGAGGUCAAGGCUCAGCUCUGCCAGCUGGCCAAGGAGUGGGACACGGCCAGCAGCAACGGAGACCUGGAGACCAUCAGCACCAUCAAGAGCAGCCAGCUGUCCAGCUCCAAGGGCCGCAAGUCCAGGGAGAAGUCCAGCCUGAGCAAGCGAGUUGCAGAAGAAAGUCCAGUUGCCAGGAAGACCACUGAUGGACCAGGCAAGUCCAAAACCCAGCUGCCGGAGAAAGAGCCGCCGGUCCCAGAAGCACCAGCAGACGGCCAGGACGGGCCGGACCAACGGGCCGACGGAGAGCAGUCACAAACCUGCGCUCUGGUGACCAAGUCCGAGGCCUUCGAGGAGUUCAAGCUGGAGGAGGGCCGUCGCAUCAACAGCAUCCUCCACGAGAACAAAGCCAUGCUGGCCAAGCGCCGCGGCCUGUACCGACAGCUCACCGACGAGGUCAACAGCGUCAAGUCGGCCAUCGACAGGACCACAGCCAAGAUCCAGAGCCGCAAGGACGUGCAAGGUGCGGCGGAGAAGCAGGACGACGUCCUGAUGCUGCGGCUCAAAGACCUGAAGAACGAGUACCGACAGAUCCGGAUGGCCUGGAAGGACAUGCAGGCCGAGGUCAACUACUGCCAGCACCUGGUGGACCAGACGCGAGUCUGUCUUCUCACAGAGUUUGAAACCUGGUACAAGAAGACGGAGGAGCAGCAGGAGGUGAGCAUGGACAAGAACUCGGAGCAGGACGAGCAGAGUCAGCAGAGCUCGGCGCGGCAGCAGCUGGACACCUUGGGGGACGAGUCCAACGCAGAGUCCUUCUACAACGCUCGCUACAGGUUCUACAAGCAGAGGAACUUCAAGUAGCCGAGCGGCAAAACGUCUGGUACCUUCUGCAUGAUGUCCAUCUCCUCUGGGCUCAGGUCUCGGUCGAUGGAAGAGAUGCUCUCCAGACUGUUUUUUCGGACGAUCCCCGCCGCGAACGGGUUGGCUAUGAUGCCCGGAGAGGCCUGCAAGACGAACACCGUGUUGGUACAGAAGAGAAACCUGAAUGCAUCACUUCCGAGGACUCACUUCCACGGUGGUGACCUUCCGGGGGUCAAAGCCGUCGCACACCAGCAUGACCAGCGAGUCCCCGAUAGCUCGCAGCACUCGCACCGCCUCCGUGUGCGUCAUUCCCAGCAGACUGUGGUUGUUCACUUCCAGGAUUCGCAUUCCCACUUGCAGCCGUCCGUCUCUGGCUGCAGCGCCGGUGGAGCUGACCUGUAGGAGUGAGGUGGCGCUAGUGAGUCAUCACCGGUCACUAGCGGUAGCAACAAAAUCAUUUCUUUUGUCAUUUGUGAGCCGUUAGUACCUUUGAUAUGAAGACGCCCUCAUCUGUCGGGUCGAACGGGUUCCCUGCGUGACCUUUGGCUCCACCUCGGAUACUGAUGCCCAGCUUCUCUCCCGGCUGCUUCUGGAUAACAACUUCCUGUUGGCGGGGUAGUGCAUUGUUAGCCAGUUCACAGUGCUACUGUAGCACCCACGUGACUCACCUGCAUCCCUGGCGGGGAUGGAUCCCUCCUCACUAACAUUCGAAUCUCCUGCUUGUUGGCCAGCAGCGCUCGCACGGCCUCCUGGUGUGUCGCGUGACGGAGGUCGAUGUCGUUGACCUCCAAGAUUCUGUCACCGACUCGUAGUCCGCUUUGACACGCAAGUCCGUGGGGGAUGACCUGGAGAGAAGGAUGACCUGUUUGUUGAAAACCAUGUGACCACGACAGUAACACAAACAACGGCACGCACCUUGGAGAUGAAGACGCCGGGCUCGUUGAUGCCGAAGGGGUGGCUGGCGUGGUCACUCCCUCCGACGAUGCUGAGACCAAGAGGGCCGCCGGACUUAACCAAAGUGACUUCCUGUCGUUGACGGGAGAGUCGUGCGAUUUGUCAGGAGACGUUACCUUCAUAUUGCUGAGGGAGGUUUCCUACUGAGCUAACAAGGGCUGCAUGACCUUUACAUUAGCAUGGGUCAAUAUUUGACAAGACAAAAACAGUGACGCCACUAUUCUCAGAAAUAAAAGUUCUGCGAAACAAAUUACAUAUCGAACAGUGCGCCAUUUUUUUUCUGGUUUUAAAAUCAGUGGUAAGAAGUGGAACGGCACUUCAUGAUGUCAUGCUUUACAACACAAGUGUCACUGGCUGCCGUUGUGUGUUUUGUUUCCUGUGUAAUAAGUGUUGGAGAUGCUUUGGAAAUGGCAGCUCCAGCGUCUGACUUGGUGAAGCAUCGCCACGAUUUUGCAGUGAUAGAUCUGUUAGAGGUAUGUCGCCGCUAACGUUAGCUUGGAUGCUAGUUUGUUAAGAAGAAAUAAGAACACACUCAUUAAUGUCGUGUCGUUAAUGUUGUCGGACACGGUCGAUCCUUCAGGUCACUGACUUGUGACACCAGGAGAAUGUAAACAGAUGGAAGAAUGUCCCUGUUGUCAUCUUAUUCAAUUCACACUUUGGUGUCCCGGGAAUCUGCCCGCACUUCAUCUUCCCUCUCGGUUGCGAGUCGGCUCCGGAGCCUCGGUUUGGAGGAUGAUCCCUUCCAGUGAUGAACGGCAAGUGCCCUCAGCCUCAGGAGUAUUGGGACACGCGCGACUUACACGUGAACACGCAGAACCCAGUGUUAGGCUGAGAAUUGGGACCGGCCCAUAGUCAGUAAAUCUCUUAACGUGACAAUUCAGUUUACUUGGUACAGGUCGGGUCCCUUUGAUGCUACCUCCUAACAACUGCAGCCAAACUGAAACAUGAUUAAGUGCUUAGCUCGAACAGAUAAAAAGCUCUUUUGCUUUGAUGCAAAGGUGUGCAACAGAGUUUGUAUCGUCUUGCAGCCCAGCUAGCAUCACCAACAUUACUGGGUGUCAACUACUAGUCGUGCUAUUUGGGGAAGACCACACUCUACUUCUAAAUCUAACAACACUGCCAAGAUGUGAGGAGUGUAGACGCAGUCACACAAAAACAAUUCACUGUCAACACGUCGUCUAAACUCCAACACAAAACAGAGGUAAAGCAACUCUAGCCAGGUGUUCGUACCCUGCACCAUCCUCUCUGGAACUGGACAGCAUCGAGCGGAAGAGAGAUUUCAACCUGUGGCUUUCACAAGAAUCUGCCGACAUGAUGAUGGCCGGGGACUCACCUCGAUGGGGUACUCGUCUUCCAUCCUGCCCAGGUGGUUUCCCUGGAGACCGUCUUCUUCC